CUGAAAGUCCUAAAAUGAUCUAAGGUCUAUAAGUGUUUUGGGGUAUGGAAAAUCUACAAUAGUUUUUACUUUAUAUGGGUUUGUGGAAAUACCAGCAGAAGAAAUUAUGAAUCCUAAAAAUUUUACUUGAUUCGCAUUUGUCUGCUUGUGCUAUCAUAUUAGCUUUACGGAGUGUAUCAUAAAUUUUGUCAAUAUGCUCUGAAUGAGAUUUUUCGUCUUUGCUAAAUAUUAUUAUGUCAUCUAUAUAGACAUAACAUAUUUUUCCUAUAUAUUGUCUCAGAAUGUCGUCUAAUACCAUGUUCAGACCGACACUUAAUCACACGAUUUCGGCUAUUGAGUGGUCUAUUCCACUAACCUUACAAAUUUAUCAAGAUUUCGCCAUACAAAAAUGACAGUUCAAAAUCACUUCAUCAAAGUGAUUUGAAACUGAUUCACGCUAAAUAUCUCUGUGCGACUCUGAUUUUGCGCCAUCUGUUGGUCACAUUUGUUUAAUCGCAGCUGAUUUUCACACUAUAGACUGUCAAAAUUUAAAACUAACAGACAAAAAAAAAAAACAAAAAACUGCCGUUUAUUACAAACAAAAGUACAAAAUAAAAACAAAAUGGAAAAAUCUAAAAAAAAGAAGAGAGUUGUGUGGAGUGAGGCUGCCGAGACCGACUUAUUAGAGAUAUGGCAACAAAAAAUGCCAGAGCUGCGAUCUAUGAGAAAAAACAAUCACAUAUAUGACGAAAUGUUUUGUGCAAUGAUGCUGGCUGGACACGAUUAUACGUCCACGGAAAUAAAGAUAAAAUUGCACAAUUUCACUAACAAAUACAGACAAGAAAAGCAGAAAAUUGGCCCUUCGGGUGGCUCCCCUAGUCGGUGGAAAUAUUAUGAGGCGGUACACCAAGCAGUAGGCGGCUUUAAAAGUUUUUGUUCCGCCGAACUUGUGGAGGAUAGCAUUGUGGUUGACAUGAAGGAGAGUCGCCGCGCCCAAGCCAGGCGAUGGUCCUUCUACGUCGCGUAGUUGCGCUCGGCCAUCGUCAAGCGAUGCUGUAAGGAAGAAAAAAUCAGCAAUAACAAUAAUAAAAGCGUCUUUCUCUCCUAGAAACAUACAUUAAUGAUUCAAAGGAAGUGAAGGACGCUUUCAUUGACUUCCUUCGUCCCCAAAAAUAGAUUUAAAAUUUUUCUUUUAAGUUUUAGU